AUGUGGCUAUUGGAUCAUCACAGGUUAAACGAGGCGGUAGUGAAACUCCCGCUAACCGCCUAUGAAUCUCAAGACGAUGCUCGAACGAUUCUUGAAUCACUGCUUCGCCGAAACGAGGAGGAGAAGUUGCUGUUGUCUUCCAGGGGACACUCCAGUCAUAGCCCCUCGGGAAGCCACGAUAGCUUUUCAAGCGGCCCAUCUGCCCGCAGCAACGGAUUCAGCCCAUUUCCGGAAGACGAUGUUGAUACUCCGUUCGGCCGUCCGAGGACGAGUAGCAGUGCAAGCGAACGGAAGACUAAACUGUUGAAUCCGUUCUCCGUGUCCGCAAUUCUCAGCGACUCCUCGUCGUGUGUUGAGAGGGAGACGGCGAUGGCCAGACUCUCUCCCGUUGGAAGAGUGCCCUUUCCUCCGGAACCAACCUUCGGUUAUCCUAUGGUUUCCAUGCCUCCACGGUUCUCAUCUCAUGCCUACUUCGCUUACGCUCGAUCGCUGAUGAACAGCCUGCCGUUCCCCAACUUAUAUUCAUCAUUUGGUACUACUUUUCCAUCUGCCUUCAGUCCGGUUCAGCUGCACCGACCGGACGAUUAUGUAGCAACAGAACAGACAGCAACAGUCAGACAGUCAUUCCACGUAGACAUUAAUCCGGAGGUCAAGAGGGAAGAUGAAUCGUCAACGGAGGAAAAUGAAAGACAUCUACCGUUCAAUUUGGUUGAUGUGAAGAAAGAAGACUUCGUUCAUUGUGAAACGUUCAUCCAACAAAACAAAGAAACGGGCGAGGGCUGCAGCUCUUCCCCUCUCUCUACUAGUCUCUCCUCCUCCAGCAGUCCUAAAUCACUAUCUUUGCCACUGGACGCGAACGUGAAAUGCGUCGUAUGCGACGACGCGGCUAGCGGUUAUCACUACGGAGUUAUUUCUUGUGAGGGAUGCAAGGGAUUCUUCCGAAGAACCGUUCAGCGAGAUAUUCAGUACUGGUGUCACAAAAACGGGGGUUGUCCUGUCACGAAGCUAACACGAAACAGAUGUCAGGCGUGUCGCUUCGGCAAAUGCCUCACUACAGGCAUGACUAAGGAAUCUGUUCGACAGGAUAGAAACAGGAAACGGAAGUUGAAGGCCAACGACGACAGUGUCAUUGCCACCUCGCAGCUGCAGCAGACUAUUCGAUGUAUAGUAAAGGCAUAUAACGAAAACCUCCAUGAUUCUGACAUGCAGAAUGAACAGAACAGCUGCUACCAGCGAACGCUAUCUUUCGCCAGCAGGAUCCCUGGCUUUCAUGAACUCAUUGAAGCGGAUAAGAGUCUACUUUGCCAUAACGCUUCGGCUCGCAUCAUGGCUAUUGUUUGUGCCUUUAGCGCUUGUACCAACGAUAACCAACCAUCAAAUCACAUGAGCAUUGAUGAUGAGGAAGAGAAGCUAUGGACUUGCAUUUGCAAUCUGUCGAACACUAUGAAAGCGCUCGAAGUCACAACUGAAGAAAUAGCCCUUUUGUGUGCCAUUUGUUUACUCAGGGAAAGUAUUCCUGGAUUACACUCUCCACUCGAGGUUGAAAGAAUUGGAGAAACUUGUCUAGAAGCGCUUAACGUUCAAGUUCAGCUGUCACCUUGCAAACAGUCGAAUGUGUUCGCGAAGCUGCUGAUGACUCUUUCGGAAACCUGGGCUAUCAGUUUUAAUUCAACAGGUACCGUACAACCUUAGUU